GCGCAGAAGUUGGUGAUAGUCAAAGUACCCGGAAGACAAAUGAACCAAGAAGGAAAAUAUUCAAUGCAACACAAAAUUUGUGAGACAGUAAGCAAAGAAUAAGCUAUACGGGUGUUUUAAGACACGAAGAUAAAGUAAACAUCGCUUUAGGUAGUUGAAAACGCUCCGAUGAAGAAACAACGCAAAAAUAGACCAAGUCCCCAGAGGAAAAAGCAACAGAGCUGUUGGCUACUCCUUUGAACUAAACCCUAGCAUCGUCUUGGAAAGGAAACACUACUCAUUUGAACAUUAAGGGUUUGAUAAAGGCAGACAUGAGAUUAACAGGGCCUCUGCGUGCUGUGGUGGUGCUCUUAUUGGUGGGGCUUAGCUGGCUCCUGGGAAAUACCUUUUUUGGUGGCGAGAAUAGCUCUAUUCGUAGUUUCUUUGGUGGUGCAAGUGAACAACCAACAUCUGUUGAAGCUCGUCCACGAAGGUACAAGUGCGGCCUGUCAGCCCCUUGUCCUGCAAAGCACUUGGCUUUUCGUUUAGUUUCUGGUGCUGCCAACGUGAUUGGACCCAAAAUCUGCCUGGAGGACAAAAUGUUAAUAAGCAGUGUGAAAGACAAUGUUGGAAGAGGACUUAAUAUAGUGUUAGCAAACGGUGUAACUGGAGAACUUUUGGAAACCAAAACGUUUGACAUGUGGGCAGGAGAUGUGACAGACCUGUUAAAGUUUCUCCGACCACUGCAUGAAGGAACACUUGUAUUUGUCGCCUCAUUUGAUGAUCCAGCUACAAAGUUGAAUGAUGAGGCUCGGAAAUUGUUUGAGGAGCUUGGCAGCACAGCGGUGAAGGAGCUGGCUUUCAGAGACAGCUGGGUGUUUGUUGGCGCCAAAGGCAUUGAAAACAAGAGCCCAUUUGAACAACGUAUGAAAAACAGCAAAAACAGUAACAAGUAUGAGGGGUGGCCAGAGUCACUGGAAAUGGAUGGCUGUAUUCCUCUCCGGCCACCACUGGAGAGUUGAGUACAUACACUAUGUACACUGCAACAGGAGUGAAAGAUUACAAAGACAGAGGACCUGAGACUGAUUAAAUCUAACCUCUCCUGGCUGAGGUAUGAGCUGACUUCAAAGACCGCCUUAGAACUUGAUUUAUUUAAAAUUGCUGGAUUUUUUUUUUUGAAGAACUCUAAAUGAGAUGUGGCUUUAAAGGAAACUUGAAAGACCAAAGGUUGGACCUAAUCUUUACUGUGACGCAGGACUUGAUUCAGCUGCGGGAGGACUUCCAAACCCACCUUUUAUUUUUUCCGUAUGGCAGAAUUUGAGUGAUAAUAUUCUGGAAAUAUGAAACCAUUCAUCAUUGCAUGUUGUCAUUUGCCUCGCAAAAAAUUACACUUUACUUUUGCACCAAGAAAUCAAGUGCACACAGCGUUCAUCUCGGACUGCCUUUAGACUUUAAAACAGAGAGCAGAUUUUUAAAUUGAAAUGUUACAUUUAUCAACUUGCCAUAAAUUAUUUAGAUUUAUGCUAUGAUCAUUAUGAGUUAAGUUUACAGAUUUGAAUUGGAAUUGGGAUGUUAAUACUUGUUAUAACAUUAUGCUAUUAACACUAUCCAUCUCACUGACCAACAUUACCAGUGACACAUAUUAAAAGGUUUCUCUCUUUCACAGUGAUUCCCUUAUUGAUCUCCGCAGGACUAUGUAUAACGCAUAUGUUAAUACUUUGUCCUAUAAAUAUAGGCCUCAUUUAUUUACGCUUGUAGGAAACAUUUUAUUCUGCCCAGUCGAGCACAAAUCCACCACAUGUUAUUGAAGUGCAUUUUGAACUUAAAUGUGUGUUAUGUGUUUCAGUGUUUUUGAAUGUAUCAAUUGCCUCAUGUUGCAAGCCUUACUGUGAGUCUAAGUGUAAUGCAUAACAACUAAUGUU